CAAUUCUAGGGUUUUGUAUCUUUUGUUUUCUUCUUUCCCCUCGCGGAGUCGCCGUCUAGGGUUUCCGCUCCCUGCUCCCAUCCACCCCCUCACCGCCAUGGACUUCGACGAGUACGACUACUUGGAGAAGGCAGUCGAGCCCCCUGUCCCUUCAACCAACGGCGCGGGCGAGAAGGACCGCAGCUCGCGCCGCCGCUCCUCCGCCGGCGGCGGCCGCGACCUAGAAGAGCGCGGAUCGAAGCGUCCUCGCUCGGGAGAAGACCGUGAGCGGCACCGCAGCGGCCGCGAGCACCGCGACCGGGAAGACGGGAAGGUUGGUAUGAAAGAUGAGGGCCGCGACCGCGAGAGAGUUAGGGAGAAGGAUGGGGGACACAGCCGGGAGAAGGUUAGGGAGAAGGAUGAGAGCCGCGACCCUGAAAAGAUUAGGGAGAAGGACGCGAGCCGGGACCGAGAGAAGGUUAGGGAGAAGGAUGGCAGCCGUGACCGAGAGAAGGUCUGGGAAAAGGAGCGGGAGGGCAGGGACAGGCUUAUGGAGAGGGAGCUCGGGAGGGAGCGGAGGAGCCGUAGCCGCUCAGAGCGUCGCCGCGGAGAGGAGGAGGAGAUGGUGAGGGAGCUCCAGCGGGAGCGUGACCGUAGUGACCGCCACCGUGACUACCGGGACCGCGAUUUCAGGCGUAAGAAAGAUGAUGGUACAGAACCAGAAGUUGACCCAGAAAGAGAUCAAAGGACUGUAUUUGCCUUCCAGCUAUCUUUGAAGGCAGAUGAAAGGGAUGUCUAUGAGUUCUUCUCAAGAGCAGGGAAGGUUCGUGAUGUUCGCCUUAUUAUGGACCGAAACUCACGGCGUUCCAAAGGAGUUGGGUACAUCGAAUUCUAUGACGUUAUGUCUGUUCCGAUGGCGAUUGCUCUAACUGGUCAGCCACUUCUUGGGCAAGGAGUGAUGGUUAAGCCAUCAGAGGCUGAAAAGAACUUAGCUCAGUCAAACGCGACAUCAGGUGGAGCAGCUUCAGGUGGAGCAAGAAAGUUGUAUGUUGGCAACCUUCAUUCCAAUAUCACAGAGGACCAACUGAGACAGGUCUUCGAACCAUUUGGUCAAGUUGAGCUUGUCCAGCUUCCUGUAGAUCCACUUACUGGACUAUGCAAAGGUUUUGGUUUCAUUCAGUUUGCACGGCUUGAAGAUGCAAAAGCUGCCCAGAGUUUAAAUGGCCAACUAGAUAUUGCUGGGAGAGUAAUUAAGGUCUCGGCUGUUACUGAUCAGGGCGGUAUGCAACUUGGUGGCACAACUACUGGAGAUCUAGAUGAUGAUGAAGGUGGAGGCUUGGCAUUAAAUGCAAGCUCUAGAGCCCUUCUUAUGCGUAAAUUGGACCGGAGUGGCUCCACAACCAGCUUAACUGGUGGCAUUGUUGCUCCUGGUUUGAACACAUCUGUUGGAUUGCCAGCUGCAUCUAUGUUUGGUGCUCCUAUGGCAGCUGCUUCUCUUAUCCAACCUGUUGGAGUAGUUCCAGGAGCACCUCUUCCUAUUAUUUCCCAAUCUGCUGAUAUUGGGAUGCCUACUGAAUUCCUAUUGCUGAAGAACAUGUUUGACCCAGCAGUGGAGACUGAUCCUGAUUUUGAUUUGGAUAUUAGAGAUGAUGUGCAAGAUGAAUGUUCAAAGUUUGGUGUAGUGAAGCAUAUUGUUGUUGAUAAGCAUACUGCCGGUUUUGUGUACCUGCAUUUUGAUAGUGCAACAGCGGCUGCAAGUGCACAACGAUCACUUCAUGGCAGAUGGUUUGCAGGGAAGAUGAUUACAGCAACAUUUAUGACCGCCCAGCAGUAUGAAAUGAAGUUCCCAGACCGACAAGUGUGAGAUGAGCUUCACAAACUAGCGGGCCAGUUUUCUGGUGAAGACCAGGCUGCCGGAUUUCAUGAUAUGGACCUACAGCUGUUCAAACAUUCCGUAUGAAGUUGUGUGGAGACUUGUUAGUGGAGUAACCCAGUUAAUAGUUGUUUAAUGUAAUAUUAUGACAGGACUAGAAGAGGUUUGUUGUUUGGAAAGUUGCAUCUUUUGUGAUAGUUACAGUUCAUUUAUCAUCUCUCGAGCAAUAUGCAAAAAAUGCUGGAUUCAUUACAAACUUACAUGGCAGACAUUAGAUCUCUAUUGAAAAAAUAGAGAUGCAUUUAUUAUCA